AUGGCCUCUCUUUACGCUGAUCAUCCUUUCCCUUUAAUCCCGACUCCAGCCCACAAAGAAGCAGAGCCCGACAUGUUUUCCCGAGUCGCUUCCGAAAUGUCCCUCGUCCAUAAUAUGGUUAUCCGCGGCCUCAACUCCAUCUACCUGCAAGCCCCACGAGUCUCCCAGAACGAGGUGCCCUCUUUCUUGCAAUACGCGCUCGCUUGGUGGGCACUGGUCAACGUGCAUCACACGGGCGAGGAGACGGACUUUUUUCCAUACUUGGAAGAUGCCACGGGGCAGAAGGGGCUGAUGGACGUCAACGUGGACCAACACCAUGCGUUCCGAGACGGGCUGCAAAGCUUCAAGACAUACAUGGAGGACUGUGUUGCUGGAAAGCAAACAUUCGAAGGCAACAAGGUCGUUGGAAUAAUUGACGAGUUUGGAAAAGUGUUGGUCACGCACCUGACAGACGAGAUCCCUACCCUGUUGCAGCUGCGCGAGGUUGGAAUGGAUAAAUUGGGAGGUCUGGAGAAGCGGUUUGGCCUGGAAGGAGAAAAGAACAUGAAACUGCUGGGACUCGUACAGGGCUUGCCCUUCUGCUUCUGCAACCACGAUGUCCAGUAUGAGGAUGGUAAGUGGGCGAGUUGGCCGCCAGCCCCGCGCAUCGUACACAUCCUUGCUCGCCAUGUCACGUACUGGGUGCAUCGAGACCGGUGGAAGUUUGCGGCCUGUGAUCGAUACGGACAUUUACGGCCGCUCCAUUGCCUUUCCCAGGAAAAGGCGUGA